AUGCGCACCCACCCGGUGUUUUACGUGGGCUUACUCAAGCCGUACCGGGAUCUGGCGCAAGUGAAUGCGGAAGCGUUGGCACCGGAGCGGAUCCCACGGGUCCUUGGCCACCCAGAAGUUGAACCAGCAACUGAUUUUGAGCACGGAGUACAACAACCUUCAUUUCCAAUGGAGCCAAGCGCUCCACCGUUGUCUACAGCUGUGCAUUCACCUGCUCCACGGCUAGGAGUCGCUACGACAGAGAGCGGUAGUCUUCAAGGCGAGGCAGCCGGCACACGACGUGCUUUAAAUCGUCAAGAGCAUCCGCACAGCAAUAUGCUACUUCAGCAUGACGCUCAGCGGAGCUCCGAUUACGAAGGACCUCGUCCUCAAGGGCUCGAAGAGCAUCACGAGUCACCGGACGGCGGUCGGCCCGGUCGUCAACGCCCGCCGCCGACUUUUCUCGAUGAGAACGGUGACAUCCACUAUCACGUGGAACGUCUUGUUGGACGACGUCGUCACCAGGCCAAACCCAAUAUCUAG